AUGUCUUCUCAGGUGUGCCAGAACUUCCAUGCUGACUGUGAAGCUACCUUGAACCAGCUGGUGAAUCUGGAGUUGAAUGCUAGCUAUGUUUAUCUGUCUAUGGUAAGUGACUUUUGGCUAUCUAAUAGGAAGAACCUGGUUGCAACUUGUUUGUGUCAUUUUAGAUUUACCCCAGUCUUAAGUAUGUUUGUUAAGCUUCAAGUCUCAUGUAGCUUAUUGGGUUGUUUUUCUAAGUAAGUGUGCUAUAGGUGGGAGAAUGUGCUUCUGAUAAACUGUAACAGUUACAGGGUUUGGAAGACCCUUGAUGCUUUAAUCAUGUCUUUCAACUCCAGACCUGUUAUAACCCUUAGUGAAAUAACCAUGCUGAAUUGUUAUAAUUAGCAUUCUGCACUGUAAGAAUGUAGUUAUUAUGGUAACUAGGAAGCUUUUCCAGUACACUGGAGGGGGUUUUAGUUUGCUUUUACUACCUCUACGUGGAGGGUGCUUGUGGGGAAGCUCAGGUCUGGGGGCUGAAGGUGGUCAACCAACUCUCUAUCUGUAAUAAUAAUAAUAAUAAUAAUUUAUUAUUUAUACCCCACCCAUCUGGCUGGGCUUCCCCAGCCGCUCUGGGCGGCUUCCAAAAGAAUAUUAAAAUACUAUAAUACAUCAAACAUUAAAAGCUUCCCGAAACAGGGCUGCCUUCAGUUGUCUUCUAAAUGUCAUAUACUUGUUUAUUUCUUUGGCAACUGGUGGGAGGGUGUUCCACAGGGAAGGCGCCACUACCGAGAAGGCCCUCUGCCUGGUUCCCUGUAACUUGGCUUCUUGCAGUGAGGGAACCGCCAGAAGGCCCUCGGUGCUGGACCUCAGCGUCCGGGUAGAACGAUGGGGGUGGAGACGCUCCUGUACUACUGCUACAGUAGGCCAUCUAGUCAAGUAGUAUAUUUUCAGAUGUUGUGUCAAUGCAAAGUGGAGAACAGUGAGUCCAAAAUACAUGGACACAUCUGGGGUGGGAAGGGAUAUGCUUGCAUAUUGGCUACAUGUCCUCAUCUGACUAUGACCUGUAUUUUUCCUUCCCCUUCCAGUCCUACCACUUUGACCGGGAUGAUGUUGCCUUGUGUCACAUGGCCAAGUUCCUGAAGGAGCAGUCCGAAGAAAAGUGGGAGCAUGCAGACAAGUUCCUGAAAUACCAGAACAAGAGAGGGGGGCGCAUCUUGCUGAAGGACCUCAAGGUAAGUGAACAUGGAAGAUCUUUAGCUGGGCUUCAUUUGAGAGGAGAGUGUGUUGUGAUUUGAUGGUGCUGUUUGCAUGUUGCAAGACACAGGCUGGUGUUCUGAGUCUCUGUGUUUGAUUUUUGGCACAGAAGCCAGAGAAGGACGAGUGGGGCAACAGCCUGGAUGCCCUGCAGUCUGCCCUGCAGCUGGAGAAAAGGAUGAACCAGGCCUUGCUGGAUCUGCACAAGCUGGCAACAGAGAAGGGAGACCCUCAUGUAAGUUCUCAACAAUGCUACAUUCUCCAGGAGCCUUCCUCGUGCUUCAUAGGAUUAGGAGGGUUAGUUAGCUCUGAGCUACCUGUAAAAAUGCCCAUCCCACAUGCAAGGUUUAUUUCCUUCCAUAAAACCAGUACCAAUGCCUAGUAUAUCUUUAAUUUCUCUGUGGCAUUCAAAAACUGGAAGGGUGUAGCCUUGUUGUAGCCCUUCCAUGGUUUGACACAAUUGGUGGCUGUUGGUUUUGGUUUAGCUUAUCUAGAGAAAGUUAAAGCUACAUGCCUUAUUCCCCUUGUGACCCAGUUCUUAAACAAGAUGUAUACAAGAGUUUUAAUCCACUGGUAGGAAAUCUGUGACCCUCCAGAUGUGGUUGGAUUGCAGCUAUCACAAACUCUAAUCACUGUUCAGGCAGGAUGGUUUGAUCUGAAAUACAACAUCUGGAGGGUGGCAGAUUCUCUUUGUCCAUAGCUUAUGGUGAAUAAUAUGUGCAGUUGACCAGUGCUUGUCUUUCACCUUUCAGCUGUGUGACUUCCUGGAGUCUGAGUUCCUGGAGGAAGAGGUGAAGGUGAUCAAGCAGCUGGGAGACCACCUCACGAACCUGAGGCGCCUGGGACUGCCCCAGAAUGGCACAGGGGAGUACCUGUUUGACAAGCUCAGUUUGAAGAGCAGCAGCUGA